AUGCAGGCAGAAAUUAAAAAAAGCACAGAAAUACUUUCUAAAGAAGCGCAUAAGGUAUACUAUGCAAUAGAACAGCACAACCUACACUUAGACACACUUGAGCAGCAAACAGAGAAAGUAGAAAAUAAGAGCAAAGUGCUUUCUAACAAGUUGCUGAAAACAAUGAAAGAAAUAAGGAAAGACGGAAGAAAUACCAUUAUUAUAGCGCUUACUAUAACUCUUCUAGUUCUUAUUAUAUAUUUACUCUAAGACACAGUAAUAUGUUUUUAUAUAUAACAGCGUAUGUUUAAGAACAGUUGGCUAUAUACAUAGAAAAAUAUACCUUUUAUGUAUAUAUAGGAGAUAGAAGUUCACAUUUAAAGAAUAUUGUAAAAAACAUAAACUACUGUGUAGAAUAAGUAAUUAAAAUACAAAGAAAGC